AUGUCUUCUUCUGAAGAAAGAAAAUUGAUUUUGAAAAGCUCCGAUAAUGAAGAAUUUGUGGUGAAAGAAUCUAGUGCAGUUCAGUGUCUAACGAUCAAGAAUUUGGUUGAAGAUAGGUGUGUCUCCGACCCAAUUCCGUUAGCAAACGUAGAUAGCAAAAUUCUGGCUUUGGUCAUAGAGUUCAUGGAAAAACAUGCUGAGACUACGUUGUCCAAUUCGGAGAAAAAGGAGUUUGACGUCGAAUUUGUGAAGAAGCCAUUUGACGACCUUCUUGAGUUGAUCUUAGCAGCAAAUUAUCUUGAUUUCAGGGAAUUAAUGGAUGUGUUGUGUAAUACUUGUGCAAAACAAAUGGAAAACUGGUCAGUCGAAGAGGUGCGAGAGAAAUUCAAUAUCCAGAAUGACUACACAGUGGAGGAAGAGAAGGCAGCUCGUGCAGAGAAUCCUUGGGCUUUUGAGUAG